AAAAUAAUAUAUUCGAGACAUUGAAAUGAUUAUCACACACACGUGUGCGCUUAAUAACAGUUCUUCGAUUUUUAUUAGCAAUAAUAUUACUGUCUCUUACUAAAAACGACACGAUUAAAAUUACUGAAGAAUAACAUUAAUUAUUAAAUUUUACUGCUAUGAAAUAUUUUAAAGAUAAAAAAUUAUUUAGGCGAGGGAAGAAUCACAAUACUUUUUUUUUAAUGAUUUGAAACUUUUCGCCGUUAAAUGAUAAUAAAGGUUAUGGAAAGUAAUACAAUAGUACGUAGUAGAAAAACUUAGAGACACGAUACAUCUUUUUCAGAUCAGGCUGUUAAAAUAUAUGUGUAAUUCGUUAUAAUUUAACAGAAAACAAAAUACAUUAUAUGUUUUUAUUAAGCACAAACUCGAAUAGAGAAUAUCUAUUUGGAAUAAAAUUUUUAUAUCAACUACAUAAUACAUAAAGAAAGUGUAAUAUACAUUUGCUUAAUAAGAAUAUAUUUUACAUACACUAAGAUUUGAAAUUCUUAAAAUUUAAAUUUAAAUUUGCUUAAAAGUCUUGCUCAUUAUCUGUUCUAUAUAUAUUUAUACUGAUAUAGUUGGAACUAAAUAAAGCGGAUUGGAAACAUGGAACGUUUACCAUUACCCAAAGCAUUAGAACCAUUAGCGUGGCUAGAAGGAACAUGGCGAACAGACAAUUAUGGCAACGGCAAAUAUCCGACUAUUGAAAAUUUUAAAUAUUAUGAGGAGAUAAGUUUUACAUACAUAGGACAACCCAUGUUUAAUUAUACUGCUCGAAGCUAUUCCAUCUCAGAAUCAAAAAGACCAAUGGCUCAAUCAACAGGUUUCUUGAAAGUGAAUCCAGAGACUAAUAAAAUAUUUCUCAUCUUGGCACACAAUUUUGGUUUAACAACCAUUGAAGAGGGUGAAGUAAUUAAUAAUACCAUUAACUUAAACAGUACCGAUAUAUUAAGAAUGAAAGGGGCAAAACCACCGCAAGUAACACAGAUACGCAGAGAAUUCAAACUCGAUGGUAAUUGUUUAGAGCAUGUGUUUUAUAUGGCAACAUCGAAUACUCCAGUGCUGACUGAACAUUUGCGAGUAAAGUAUGUAAAAGUGAACCAAGAGAAUGUAAAGAGUGUAAAGUAAAGAUAAACUUUUAAAUGCACGUUUUAUUGUAUAGUUUUUACUAUUUACUAUUGCAACUUUCUGUAUAAGUAUUAUGAAUGAAUAAAAUUUUAGAAUAACAGGUA